CUUUCAUCUAUGUCUGAAGGGAAAUUGGUCGUGAACUGGCGAGGGCCUACAGACCUGAUGAGUCAGCAGCCCUGCAAGUGCCGAGAUUCGCGCCUGUGACGGGGACCACCUUUUCUUCUCCGAUUUGCGGCACCUGCACCAAGUUCCUGGCUGCUGCAUUCUCCAUAUCGCAUGUGUUCAUACGCCCCUCGGUUCCUUUCCGGCGAUUACUGAGUUCUGAUUUAUACCGAUGGACCUCGAGUACCGGGGUAUACUGGCACAGAAUGGAUACCCUCCGCAUGCAAGCCUGACGGCACCUCCCGGCUCCCCUAGCGACCUUCGGAACAACCCUAGACUUCCGCGCCCACUGACGGGCUUUGACUUCUCAGUCAGGUCUUCGGAGCCCGGAGACAUGGAGAAGACCCCGCCUGUUACGGGGAAGCGGCGGGGCGGGUGUCGGAAGGCGUGUAACGAGUGUAAACAGCAAAAGCUGCGAUGUGAUAUCGUUCAGACACCCGCGGACGCCUGCUCGCGUUGUCGGCGACUUAACAUAGAAUGCAAGGUCGAGCCGUCCUUCAAGCGCAUCUCAAAGAGAAAGCGCAAUGCUGAGAUGGAGCGCGAGAUUGCGGCUCUCCGCCAGCGGCUUUCCAGCGAAGGCAGCCAUGCCCAUGUUCCUGAGAAUAGAGCCAGUACCAAGGUGUCCCAGUCCCCUGAGGGCAUCUGCUACGGCCCUGAUACUGCGAAUACAUUGGCCACACCCUUGACUAUGCACAGCGAAGGGUCCAUGCUGUCUCAGGACGACGGUGUCUGGAGACUGGAAGAUGUCUCCCUGUCCAGGCAAAGGGUAGCUAGGCUGUUUGACCACGUACCGCAAGAUUACCGUGUUGUCAAGGCCUUAUGUCUUCUUUGCACUUGGCCGCUCCCUACCACCAGCCAGAGGACAGACGCUACGUUCAUGCUUUGCGGAUUGAUGAUGCAAAUUUCCAUGCAGCUUGGGCUUCAUCGUCCUGUUCAGGCUGAAGAAUUUACGACAUUCAGGAUGGAAGGACAUGGAGAAGCCGUAAAGGAUCGGCUGCAGACAUGGGUGAUAUGCAAUAUUGUAGCACAAAAUGUCGCCACGGGAUAUGGGCAACCCCCAGGAACAAUAUACGAUUGGGCGCUCGAACCUGCAUCUCUUCGAGAUGCUGAUUAUCAUCCUUCAGAGGAUCUACGAACACGCUUACUUAUUGAGAAGUUCUGUGAUCGAGUAACAAAAUCUCUCUACAGUAGUAGACCAGACCCUGCCGAGUUCAUCAGUUCCGAAAAGCUUUUGAUCGCGCAGCUUCUGGAAAAUGAGCUCCGUGAAAUGGAGCUUGGAUUCGGCAGGGAUAUUUCCUGCUCUAAUGCCCGAAGCGACGAUUUGACGAAGCUUUUUAUCGCUACCACAUCAUUCCUCGGUCGAGUACUAGACCUCGAAACCUCCCCGGGGGAGCUCAUUGGGCAUGCAACGAAUUACAUUCUUCAGAUGAUCGUUUCAGCAGCUUUUGCGCUCAUGAAAUUAUUGAAAAGCGACUUCCGACGACACAUUGACUUUGAACACGGAAAAUUAUUAUUUAAUGGGGCAAUCUCAGCCCUAAGGAGGAUCAGUGUGAUGGAUCACGACCGUCCUGUUCGACUUGCGGAUAUUCUAGCCCAAAUGUGGAACGCCGGUACUCCUGAGGAUGCCGGGGAGGAUACAUUGCUCCUCAAGGUGCGAUGCCGCAUGAGUAUGAGCCACGUUUACGACACAGUUUGGCGCUGGCGGCAUCGUUUCCGGCCCUUGAAGAGCACCGAAGAUACACAGGCCGCGGCUUCUAAUCCGAACGUCUCGACGGCGACAAUUCCUAGGCCAUCAGACGGGUCCCUAGAGGAUCCUGACUUGAUGUAUUCGCCAAACUUCGACCAGGAUGGGGCAUUCUUCAAUGAAGCAGGAUUCUCUGAAGUAUUCGACUCCCUCAAUUGGGUCUUCGAUGGGUUCCCUGAUACAUUUCCGGCCCCACCAGCUAUAUAG